UGUUGUUGUGCAGGUAGAGGUGUCAUGGAGGAAGUAAAGAGAGACACAAGAGCAUUAAGUACUCAUGCCUAAAACAAGAGAACUUACAUACUGUUGUUGUGCAGGUAGAGGUGUAAAGGAGGAAGUAAAGAGAGACACAAGAGCAUUAAGUACUCAUGCCUAAAAGAAGAGAACUUACAGGCUGUUGUGGUGCAGGUAGAGGUGUCGCGGAGGAAGUAAAGAG